AUGUCUAAAGAGUGUCUUCAGAAGUCUAGCAAACUUAGCUACCGGUUUAGCAACAGUUAUUCGGCAUUUCUUCACCUCGCUUCUGAGCUGUCGCGUUUCCCUCCGUAUGAGAGUUGCGAUCAAUUCAUCCGACAAUUCAUUCAUCACUUAAUGAUUGGACACAAAUUGGCUGAAUGUCUGGUCGACGCACAGACCGCCCGACUAGUCGUCCAAGAGAUGAGAGACAAACGCAUCACUCGCACCGUCGAUGACAGCCAAUUGGUGGUGAAGAAUGUGGCCGACGAUGACAACCACUCGAAGAAAUCCAAGAGUUAUUUAAGACAUUUGACUCAAUUGAGACAACAUCUGGAAAAACAUCCCGUUUUUAACUCCAAGAACUUCAGACUCACACCAAUUGAUUCGUUGAUUACAACGAGCGACGAAUCGGUUGAUUGCAUUGUCUUUGGCUUUCUAGUGAAGAACGCGUCCAAAAUCAAUGAAUUGGUGGUCGAAGACAAUACGGGAAGAGUUCCGCUCGUAUUCACAGACGACACCCAAUUCAGGGACGCAUUGGUUGUGGAAAACAGUUUUGUGAUAAUCGAAGGCACAUAUGAUUCGCCGAAAGACUGUCUGUAUGUCGAAAGUAUAGGUCAAUCGCCGCCAAUCGACUUGAGUUCGGCCGUCGAAGUGUCCGACGGUUUGCAACGAAUCGGACGAAUGCUUGUCGUUAUAUCUGACAUACAUUUGGACGACGAAAACACUUUAGACAAACUGAAGACAUUGUUGACCGGAUAUGACUCAAUGGUUCCCAUUCCCGACGCCUUUCUAUUUGUGGGCGACUUUAUGUCCAAACCAUGCGAUGAAGUCUCGGAUUUUAAAGCUCAUAUGAAGAAUUUUGUUAAAAUAAUAUCCAAAUUCACUAAAAUAUCAAACUUUUCUCAACUCAUAUUCAUUCCCGGAUUUAAUGACAUUAAAGGCAAUGAUAUCCCGAAAUCCGCAUUUACUGUCGAUAUGUUUCCAAUGACAACAAAACUUAUAAAUAACUACCAUUUGGCCACAAAUCCGGUUAAUAUAUACAUCGACGGCCGACACAUCUGUUUGUCUGCCAUUCCCUAUAUGUCUAAACUUCGCAAACAUAUUAUACACAACAGCACUGAAGACUCGACAGAAUUGGGCGCUUCUAUAGCCAAACUGAUCACUUGUAACGGACACCUGAGCGCUGGUUUGUCCCACAAUCUGCACAAUAGCCUCUCUUUAUUCCAUUUGCCAGACUUUGUGCUUAUAUCUGACAAACACAUGAAUGAAGACAUGGAUUCAAAUGCCCACAACUAUACAGAUCUGGUAGUCUUACCCUCUUUUUCCAGAGAUAACUUUCGAUUCAAAGUGUUUUACACGAAUCCUAAACAUAUAGAGUGCAGUCAAAUACUUGUCUGAAGCUCUCGUUUAACCCUUUCCUCACAUAUAUUGCACACUAAAAGUGGAGUCAAGUUUUUCAGCGUCUGUUAGUAAACAGUGUU